GCGAAUUGCCAGAUUUGGAGAAGUUUGAAAGGUUUAGAAAUGUUUGUUCCUUGUUCUGAUGAAGAAGAAAUUAGCUUUGCUGGAUUCACCUUUGUUUUGCCUGCAAUCUCCGUUGGUAAUGUUGGACAGUUGGCAAUUGAUCUUUUGAUCCAUAACUUGUGUUUGAAGCGUGUUGGAUAUUUUUAUGAUGAUUGUAUCUUACCACUCGUUGGCAAUAAUCCCUUUGAUGAACCUGAUUGUAAUGAUGGAUCUUUAGUGACGAGUAGUGAAGUGUUCAUGUGUGAUCAGUCAAAGAUUGUUGUGUUACAACUUAGGGCUCCUCUUGCAAAGGGAUGCAGGCAAAUAUUUUGUGACAACAUUGCCAAAUGGGUCAAAAAAAGUGAAAUGAAGCAGACUGUUUUGUUGACCAGCAGUAUUGCAAGUGAAAGAUCGGAUUCACAAAUUCAAAAUGGACCAUUUCGUUAUUUGCUUUCUCCCAAAGGAAAACAUCUCGAGAAAACCUUUCUUGAUCAGUACGGCUGGAGAUGCCUUGAAGAAAGACAUGCCAGUUCUGUAGUUUUGGUAGUUAAAAAUGAAAAACAGAAAGAAAGUGAGAGAAACAGAGAUGUUUUCUUGUCUGGUGGUGGUUAUACGAAAUCCUUUUAUCAUACAUGUUGCAGAGAAAGCCUUCCUUUGGCAACGUUUCUCGUCUUCUGUGCUGAAGGAGAUAAUAUUCCCGAGGCCACAAUCCUGUUGUAUCAUCUUAAUAUUUGGAUGGAAUUUAAACGAAAAAAGAAUUCUAACAAGAAUUGUGAAAGUAAUAAUUUGGCUAAAACGUUAGAAGUUGAAUGGCAUGAGCCUCCAUCUUGGAAAAAUCUCUACGGAACGCCACGUUAUUCGACCAUAUUUUGAGGUGCUGUGACGAUUAAAUUUUUUGUAUCAUCGAUUGACCAUUUCGGGGUUUGUAAAUGGUUGUUUUGGUCACUUGAUUGGUUGCAGCAGGGAGCAUGCGUAAAUGAUCUUCACUUAUUGGGUGGUUUAGAUAAAAUUGCGGCGAUUACAAUGUCGUUAGUGUUGUUACUUAGUACCAGUAGUGUAACCAAAAAACGUCCCAGAUCCAUGCAAAGAGAUCGAAAUUAUUUAAAACUGAGUUUACAGGCCCAUCUGAGUAGGCAGCUCGCAAAGUUGUACCUGCUUUGCAAUUUUUUCUUUGUUCAUUCACUAUAAAAACAAUAGAUUUCUAAUGAAAUUAAUUUUGACAAUGCUCCGAAAUUUACGUAACACAACCAAAACAUGCAUGCUGGCAACAGUUCGUCAUUCGAUUCUGGUUUUCAUUGGUAGAUAGGUAAUUACUACAAACCACAAUAAAACAUUUUAUCACACUAGAA